CACAUCUCCCCGAUCCUUACAUCCUCACAAUGUCGGAGGACAAUGCACGCAAGCGACCGCGUCAACCCGCGUCCGAUCCGCGAUAUCCCAGGAAGAGGAGUCUCAAGGCGUGUCAUGUAUGCAGAGCGCGUAAGACAAAGUGUGAUAAUGUGCAGCCGACGUGUGGAUUCUGUGCGUCGUUGAAUAUUUCUUGUUCGUAUGAUAAUACUGAGAAGGAUCAUUCUACCUUUGAUCCUGCGAGUCUGGAGAUCCUGAGACAGUUGGGGCAGAUUAUUAGUUCGCAGGAUGAGUUGACGCAGACUGUGCGAUCGAUUGCUGCGUCGCAGUCGCACGCCGGUUUGGGUGCUGCUCAGAAUGUACAUGUCGCUGAGGGUUUGAACUGGGAUGCGAAUGUUCAGGCACAGCAGCUACCCUACUAUGACUGUUCUGGAGGACAAUCCGACUCAAACUCAACAACACCAGCAGCAUCAGCCAGCGUCGCUGCAGUUCGAUGGUUCGGCAUCCUCGCCAACGAUGCAUCGAACGAAGCCUUCCCAGACGCUGAUGCACCCUUGGGUCUCGACGGUGAAUUGCUUGAUACAUCACCCGACGGUCAAGCAGAUAGCGACAUCACGCCAUUGCAGAAAGCAACAAGGAUCAUCGAUGCUCAACCACCGACCCGGGAUGCAGUCAAUGAUCAUGCAGCGAAUGUUUCCGAAGAAAGCUUAUGGCAGGCCCCGCGGAGUAUAUCACUCCUCGAUCGAGAACAGACCUUGUUUCAGAACUUCUUGCACCGCAUAUGUUCAUGGCUUGACUUGUUUGACCCAGCUCGGACAUUUUCUACACGAGUUCCCCAUCUAGCAGUCCGAAAUGCAGGUCUUCUCAACGCCAUUCUCGCAUUAUCAUGCUAUCACCAAUCUCUCGACGAAAGCAUCCCUUCCAAUCAACGUCCGUCUCAAAACACAGCUCUGCAGUAUUAUUACCAAACAUUACACUACGUUCAGAAAGCUAUGCGUUAUUCGACGUAUCAGAAUAGUCAGGAACUCAUGGCGACAACGCUUAUGGUCUCAACGUAUGAGAUGCUACGAGGGUCACGCAAAGAUUGGCAACAACAUCUCCAAGGUGUCUUCUGGAUCUUGAGAUCUCGCCAGAUUGAAGUUGAAACAUCGAGCCUUGAAAGUACGACGUGGUGGGCUUGGUUACGACAGGAUAUUUGGGUUGCUUUCCGUGAGAAGAGGAGAACAUAUAGUACAUGGAUGCCCAAGAAGGGAUACGCGGAUCUAGAUAGUCAUGAGUUAGCUUCGCGUGCUGUAUGGAUAAUGGCGCAAGUUAUUAACUUUUGCGCUGUUGAUUCGUCUGCUGAAGUGGAAGGGUUGACGGGGAGGAUUGGUUGGGCGAAGGCUUUGAGGAAGAUGUUGGAUGAGUGGCGGUCUCAUCUUACAGUUGAGUUCUCAGCGUUGCCGACCAUGGGGAAUCGUGAGAGUGAAGUGUUUCAGCCAAAUUUGAUACAUCCUCAAUGCUUUGGACUCGCUGUGCAGCUUCACCAUUGCUCCAAGAUCCUCAUCACCGCACAUGAACCCCAUUUAGACGGCAUCCAAGGCCUACUCAAGCGCCAGAAGGAGAUUCAAGAGAGUAUAAAGAUGGUAUGCGGAAUUGGCAUGACGCUUACAGAGGAUGCAUCGAGCAUGCUGUCCUCACAAUGUCUCUUCAUUGCUUAUACAGCCGGGAUGUUCAUGCAGAAUCCCAGAGAGCGAGAAUGUGUAGUAGAAAUGCUGGAUACAUGUCAAGAGAGAUGUGGUUGGCCUACACCUUCAUUAAGAUCAGAACUGGGACAGAUUUGGGAGAACCCAGAUGCACUUUGGGAUGUGGGAUUUUGUCGCCCAGAUACUGAAUUGAACGAAUAUACGAGACAGGUUACAUCAUGCACGGUGAUUUGUUGUAUUACGGGCGCAAGAGGCAGCCCUCCCGCUCAGCCCCCAACCGCACAAUGCUUCUGUAUUCUGCAAUACUUGCUGACCUAUACAUCAAAACCCCUCCAAACCGAUAGCCUACGCCUCUACCCGAGACUCCCCGCGUCGUCCGCCAAGCCCAUCAUCGAAUCACGCGCCCGAGACUCCCCGCCGGCGUGUUUUGCUGGAGCGCUGUUUGGAGUCGAUGCAGGUAUUAUUGGUGGCGUGCUGGCUAUGCCAGACUUCAAACGGGAGUUUGGUCUUGACACUCGGCCAAAAGAAGACGCAGCUGAUCUAGCAGGAAACCUCGUCACGACAAUGCAAGCCGGUGCUAUCGCUGGAGCUCUCCUGUCCAGUCCAUUUGCCGAUCGCAAGGGUCGAAAGCCAGCGCUGCUUCUUGUUGCGGUGACGGGUUUCAUCGGUGGUAUCAUGCAAGCGUUUUCUUACGGUCACCUCUCAGUCUUCUAUAUCGGACGAUUCGUCGAAGGUCUCGGUCUCGGCGCAGGAACAAUGCUCGCUCCAACAUACGUCUCCGAAAACUCCCCCCGCGCAAUCCGCGGGUUUCUCGUCGGCUUCUUCCAACUCCUCCUCGUCCUCGGCGGCAUGACAGCCUAUUUCAUCAACUACGGCUCCCUUCUGCAUCUCCCCGGUAAAGCAACAUGGAUGGUCCCCCUAGCGUGCCAAUCCAUCUGUCCAGCAUUACUCUUCUUCAGCAUGCUCUUUUGUCCAGAAUCGCCACGCUGGCUAGCGUCUCGAGAUCAGUGGGAGAAGGCUGGAGCUGUUCUUUCAGAUGUGAGAAAGUUGCCGGUGGAUCAUGCGUAUAUUCAGCAGGAGCUGUUGGAGUUGAAGACGCAGAUUGAUCAGGAGAGGGAGGUCAUGCAGGAUACGGGGUUCUGGGCUAUUCAGAAAGAGUGUUGGACUUUACCGUGGAAUAGGAAGAGAGCGCUUUUGACGGUGGCUAUUGUUACGCUUGGGCAAUGGACGGGGACUGGUGCUAUUAACUACUACGCACCAACUAUCUUCAGCGGUUUAGGUCUCAGCAGUACAACAACUGCACUGUUCGCACAAGGAAUCUACGGCGUCGUCAAAGUCGUUACAUGUUUGAUCUUCAUCUUCUUCCUCGCCGAUUCCCUCGGUCGUCGCAAGUCAUUCAUGUUCGGCGGUGCAAUCCAAGCAUUCUGCAUGUUCUUCGUCGGUUUUUAUCUCCGCUUCGGUCCUGAGCCUGGAGAGGGCGACCAUCCUCCUCCGGCGGGGAUUGCUGCUUUGGCCAUGAUAUACAUCUUUGCUGCGGCAUUCAACAUGAGUUGGGGUCCUGUCUCAUGGAUCUAUGUCUCUGAAAUUCCAACGAAUCGACUUCGUGCAUACAACGUUGCCCUCGCAUCCUUUACUCACUGGGUACAUAACCUUGCAGUAUCAAAGUCAACGCCAGUCAUGCUUUUGCACGAUCCAUGGAGAGCGUACUUCAUCUUUGGAUCGUUUAACCUGUUCAUGGCGAUUGCUGCAUACUGGAUCCCAGAAACCAAGGGCAUCUCACUGGAACGCAUGGAUGAAGUCUUUGGCGUCGCGGACUUUUCCAACGUCGAAGAUGUCGGCAUCGCAGCACGCCGCGCAAAACGAAUCGACGACGAAGACGUGGAAGACAUCCAAGCCCCCAACAAAUCCUAA